AUGCCUCUUACGCCUCCUGAUCAGCCCGACCCGGAGCCAAAAAUGAGCUGGGCCUCCUUUUACGCCGUGAUUAGUGGCAUCAACAGACACUCCACGGGAAUCGGUCGCAUUUGGCUCUCUGUGCUGUUCAUUUUCCGCAUCACGGUGCUGGUGGUGGCCGCCGAGAGCGUGUGGGGCGACGAGAAAUCCGGUUUUACCUGCAACACCCAGCAGCCGGGCUGCAACAGCGUGUGUUACGACCACUUCUUCCCUAUUUCUCACAUCCGCCUGUGGGCCCUGCAGCUGAUUCUGGUGUCCACUCCGGCCUUGCUGGUCGCCAUGCACGUGGCCCACCGGCGGCACGUGGACAAGAGGCUCUACAAGCUAUCGGGGAAGAGCAACCCCAAAGAACUGGAGCAGAUCAAAAGCCAAAAAAUUAAAAUCUCCGGCGCCCUCUGGUGGACUUACGUCAUCAGCUUGGUAUUCCGGGUCACGUUCGAGGUGGUCUUUAUGUACGUCUUCUACAUGAUCUACCCCGGGUACAAGAUGAUCCGUUUGGUCAAGUGCGACUCGUACCCGUGCCCCAACACGGUGGACUGCUUCGUGUCCAGGCCGACGGAGAAAACAGUCUUCACCGUCUUCAUGCUGGCCGUGUCGGGCGUUUGCAUUCUGCUCAACCUUGCCGAAGUCUUCUACUUGGUGGGGAAGGCCUGCUUCAAGCGCCUGCACAAAGGGCCUUGGUUCCAACAGAAGCUGGAGUGGCCGUCCACCAAAGAGGACGCCAAGGGUUUAACGCAGAAUACCCAGAGAGGUUUUCCUGGCCCGGACGCUGGUCACCGGGGCCCCCCUCUGGAGCCAGGCUUGGAGGUGGGGUUUGAAGGCGAGCGUCUAGUGGCCGCCUGUCCCUGUCCCCGAAAAGGCACUGUGGCUUCUCCUUCCCAUCAGCUCACCACCUGUGGGGUGGGCCAAAGGGGUCAGAUGCGUAGGGAGUUGGGCUCAGCCAAAGGCGAGGGCCUUGGCGUUUGA